AGACUCAAUGAUGGACUCCCCCGUCGAAUCUACUGGGUUGCAUGCUAGACCCGUGGCCUACAUCUUCUCAGAAGACCUAGUCAAAAUAUCUUCACGUCUACCCUCCAAUAGAAACCGUUCUCUCCUCGUCUAUUCACUCGUUCACGCAUAUGGACUUCUGGCAACAUGCACUGGUCAAGAGUCCCAACGAUUCCUGGUUGUGCGACCACGGCCUGCUGGCAAGAAGGAGCUCUUGGCUUACCAUACUCGUGACUAUCUCGAAUACGUCAUGAAUCAAUCAAGCGAUGCGCAGAACCUGCUAGAAGCUUCAGAGUUUGGGCUUGAAGACGACUGCCCCAUGUUUCAUGGAAUCAAAGACUACAUCACACUAGUCGCUGGAGCUACCUUGACUGGAGCGGCUGUGAUUAGAGACGAUAGUUCGGACGUAGCCAUCUGCUGGGAUGGCGGAAGACAUCACGCCAAAAAAGCACGGGCUUCAGGUUUUUGUUACGUAGCUGAUUGCGUUCUCGCUAUUCUUUUUCUCAAACGAACAAUACUUUCUACACAUCCGCACCCGUUGAAGAAACCACGUGUGAUGUAUCUCGACCUUGACCUUCAUUUUUCAGAUGCAGUGUCACAAGCUUUUCACAAACCUGGUUCCACAACUGCUGCUCAAGUUCUUACACUAUCUAUCCAUCACGCAGCUCCAGGAUUUUUCCCUCUUUCUCCCCUCGCUUCCCUUCCGGACGUCGAUGAUCCGGCCUUCGAUCCUUUCACUUUAUCAGUGCCACUCAAAGCUGGUGCAUCCAACAAAACAUUCCUCCGCAUUUGGCCUAUCAUCGAACAUGUCAAGGACAUCUUUCGACCUGAUUUCAUUAUAGUUCAGUGUGGCUUAGAUGGCCUAGCGGGCGAUCCCAUGGCAACCUUCAACUGGUCCUUAGGUGGCGAAGGCUCGCUCGGCUGGUGCAUACAUCGCAUCAUCCACGAAUGGCAAGGGAAAAAAAUGUUACUUGGCGGAGGUGGUUAUAACACGCCCAAUGCCGCGCGAGCUUGGACAUAUCUCACUUCUGUGGCAGGAGGAAUUCCGCUAUCCCUAGACGCUGAUAUCCCCGAGUAUUCUGGUUAUCUCCGCUUCAAGCCAUCGUUUACGUUGGAUGUACCCGCUGGCAACAUGCAAGAUCAGAACAUGGAGGAGUACCUCCAGACCAUAGAAGCCACAUAUGAAGGUAUACUGUCGGUACUGGACUCGCGGAUGGUUCCCCCAACACUCUAAGCAAUGGGUACGACGGCCGAUUGUGCUUGGUAUACGUUAGACACAUCGUAACAAGCCACACAGCAGCAGGGCUGGCUUUCAAAAUUGCUCUUGGUUCUCGGGGUGAUCUCCAAUCUCGUUUUGUAGAUUCCUUUCAUUUGAAUAAUUAUAGAAUUGUAGGACCGACAUAUCAGCC